UUUCAAUCAUCGCAUUUAUGUUUGUUUGAAUAGACACCCUAAAGAUAAAUAAAGGUAGUUGCAAAGCAAAACUUCAAAAAUAUUCUCCAAUGCUGAUUUACAACAACGGUCAUGUGACUAUUUUGCACUGCCCCAAUAUUACAUUACGCAUAAAUACGGGUACCCCUGCUUGGGUGUUAUAUUGAACAAACAGAGUACGGGAUAUAAUCAUGAGACUCUUAUUCCCCACAGUUGUACUUGGAAUAGUGUUUAUACACUGUACAAAAGCAGCUUUGACUACCGGAUGUAACGCAGAUACUGACUGCGAACAAAAUUCUUCGUGUGGUGACGACACGAAUUGUGCAUGUAACAGCGGUUUCAAGUUGAAUGCAAAUGAAGACGGAUGUGUGGAAAAAGUUCUAGAGGAUGUUUGUGAUGAAACGAACGGUUGUCCAGCGUUAUCAAAUACCGAGUGCACAGGUGGCAAAUGCAUGUGUAAGAAUGGCUAUGCAGAAAAGAACUCUUUGUGUACCAAAACUGUCAGUGGAACAACUUGUACAGCAAAUGGAAAUGAAUGCGAUCAUAUUCUAAACUCGCACUGUGGCGCAGGGAAAUGUCAAUGUAAUGAUGGUUUUGUCAUGAAUGUAGACGUGUGUGCUGCAGACACUUCUGGUAAAGUGAUAGAUACAGGCUGUACCAAAGAUGCUGCAGUCCAGUGUACGCAUACUGAAAAUGCAGAAUGUGACAAUGCUGAAACCGGUGCUAAAUGCAAAUGCUCUGAUGGAUUUGCAGAAGAUAGAACAAACGGCAAAUCGUGUGUGAAAACCGUUAGCGGAACAACAUGUACCACAGCUGGAACAGAAUGUGACGCCAUUGCAAACUCACAUUGUGACGCUUCCAAAUGUAAAUGUAAUGAUGGGUUUGUUAUGAAUGCAGACGUUUGUGCCGCAGAAAAUGCAGCAACAUCGGUUCAAUUUGGAAUUCUGACAAUAUAUCUAAGUGUUUUGGCCUUGGCGCGGCAACUAUUCUGAUUGAGAAUCGGGAAUGGGGCUUCAUCUUUUUGCAAUUGACACUUUUUCGUCAUAACUUAUUCUUCUCUAUGAAAGUGUGAUAUAGCGAUAUGUUGUCAAGGAACUUACUUAGACUUUCUCUUGUUUUAUUUACAAAAAGUUUUUAAAUAUUCAAAAUAAAGUAACGACUGUUUAAUUCUUGUUUAAAUUAUAUGGCUGUAUAUAUGAACAUGUUUUGCUUGUUGAUUUCAAAACAUAACUUUUCGUAUAAUUGUAAAUUAUGUUAAAUGUUAUCUGAGCGAGAUGGGCUAUUAAUCGGUGAAAAUAAUAUUUAAGAAAGGUAAAUUAAUUGCAAAAUUAAAGUUUGUUUGCCAGAUGAUGAUUAACGUAAUUCAAAUGAACACAAUUUACCUAUAAUUUCAACAGCGGUGAUUGUAUUGUAAUAGGAUGGUCACAAACUUGUUUUAACUUACCAGUAAUGCAUUUAAAUUUUACAUGAGUUUCCAAUUAUAAUCACGAAAUUCCUUUUAAAACAAAACAAGAAAGUGUUAGUAAAAUAUUAUUACCGACGAACGCCAAAUGAUUAUGUACAACCAUAUGUUUCAUUCGAGAAUUAAAUUAUAUGCAAAUGUAGAAUAACCGGUUAGUAUAAAUAUAUUUACAACUCUAAAUGAAGCAUUAGUGAAUUAUAUUGACAAAUGUGUGAAAUAUUAUUUUAAAAUAUAAAGACAUCUAAUAAAUAUAUAAAAUUGGAUUCUAUAAUUGUAACAAAAAUAUCAGAAAAACUAAAUAAACAGUUGUUAUUUAAAGCUUUGCGAUUUUAUU